GCUAUACAACAAGAAGUUGAACGGCCUGCACAUAGCUAACGUCUGCUUGAUAGAUAGCUUACGAAUGUAAUAUGUGAGAUAACUUGUGAGCUGCUGUGCAUUGUGGCUAGUUGUGAUUAAACAAUGACAUAGAAACUGUAAUCCAUCGAAUUCGCAGUCGCUGGACACUUAGGUACUGCACACCGUAGCUGAAAAUUUAGAUUUGAUACUGCAAAACACGCCCCAUCUUGGAUCUGUACGUCGAGCAAAGAACCAAAAUGGCGUCCAAAGCGCUUUAGUUUCGUGAGUUGUAUCGUUUUUUAAGACCUACAGGCAUUUGAUGCAGACAUCCCAGGCCUGUCACUUGUCCAAGUUGCAAAGAGAGAAACUCGGGAGUAGUGUGGGGGAUUGUAUGUUUCUCCAAAUGGGGGUGGAAAACUGGAGAUAGAAAAAUUUCAAACUCCACCCGACUAUUGAAGAGUGGCCAUGGGUGACACGGACGUGGAGCUCCCGGCUCCUCAGGCGGAGGAAGUUGAGCAGAGCCCCUGCACCUCCUCCUCCUCGGCCUCCCCCAGCCACCUCCUCCAGCCGGCCAGCGACGACAGCCCACGAGGCCCCAGCCCGCCACUGGGCAUCAUUUCGGAGGGCGCGGGCGAGGUGGGUGUGGUCAUCGACCCCGAGGUGGCCAAGAAGGCCUGCCAGGAGGUCCUGCAGAAGGUCAAGCUCCUCCAGGGCGAGAGCGAGAGUGAGGGCGCGGCCGCGACGGGCGGGGCCGAGCAGGGGCUGGUCAACGGGAGCGUCCACCCGGAGCCGGCCGAGGGCGGGGUCACCAAGCCCCCCAAGAUCCGGGAGGAGCCGGAGGAGCCGCUCCCCUGCACGGUGAAGGGCGCCCGGCGCCGCCAGAAGAACAACUCCUCCAAGCAGUCCUGGCUCCUGCGGCUCUUCGAGUCCAAGCUCUUCGACGUCUCCAUGGCGAUCUCCUACCUGUACAACUCCAAGGAGCCGGGCGUGCAGGCCUACAUCGGCAACCGGCUCUUCAGCUUCCGCUACGAGGACGUGGACUUCUACCUGCCGCAGCUGCUCAACAUGUACAUCCACAUGGACGAGGACGUGGGCGACGCCAUCAAGCCGUACGUGGUGCACCGCUGCCGGCAGAGCAUCAGCUUCUCGCUGCAGUGCGCCUGGCUGCUGGGGGCCUACUCGUCCGACAUGCACAUCUCCACCCAGCGCCACUCGCGCGGCACCAAGCUGCGCAAGCUCAUCCUGUCCGACGAGCUCAAGCCGGCCAGCCAGCGGCUGCGGCGGGAGCUGCCGCCCUGCCCGCCGCCCGUGCUCAGCCACGCCCUCCCCGAGCACGGCCUCUCGCCCUCCAAGCGCACGCACCAGCGCUCCAAGUCGGACGCCACCGUCAGCAUCAGCCUCAGCAGCAACCUCAAGAGGACGGCCAGCAACCCCAAGGUGGAGAGCAGCCAGGACGAGGGCUUGAGCUCCAGCACUGAGAGCCUUGACCUAAAGCCUGGUACACCUGUGCGCCUGACGCCCCAGCGGGAGUUCAUUAAGUCCCUGAUGGGCAUCGGCAAGCGGCUGGCCACGCUGCCCACCAAGGAGCAGAAGACCCAGCGGCUCAUCUCCGAGCUCUCGCUGCUCAACCACAAGCUGCCCGCCCGCGUCUGGCUGCCCACCGCCGCCUUCGACCACCACGUGGUGCGCGUGCCCCACACCCAGGCCGUGGUGCUCAACUCCAAAGACAAGGCACCGUACCUGAUCUACGUGGAGGUGCUGGAGUGUGAGAACUUCGAGACGUCCAACGUGCCGGUGCGAAUCCCCGAGACGCGCAUCCGCAGCACGCGCUCGGUGGAGAACCUUCCGGACUGCGGCAUCACGGCCGAGCAGCGGGCCAGCAGCUUCUCCACCGUGCCCAACUACGACAACGACGACGAGGCCUGGUCCGUCGACGACAUCGGCGAGCUGCAGGUGGAGCUCCCAGAGAUCCACACCAACAGCUGUGACAACAUCUCCCAGUUCUCUGUGGACAGCAUCACCAGCCAGGAGAGCAAGGAGCCCGUGUUCAUCGCCGCGGGAGACAUCAGGCGGCGUCUGUCGGAGCAGUUGGCUCACACCCCCACCACAUUUAAGAGGGACCCGGAGGACCCCUCAGCUGUGGCCCUCAAGGAGCCCUGGCAGGAGAAAGUCGGACGGAUAAGGGAGGGCUCCCCCUACGGCCACCUCCCCAACUGGCGUCUGCUCUCAGUCAUUGUCAAGUGUGGAGACGACCUUCGGCAGGAGCUGCUGGCCUCCCAAGUGCUCAAACAGCUGCAGUCGAUCUGGGAGCAGGAGCGGGUUCCCCUGUGGAUCAAGCCCUACAAGAUCCUGGUGAUCUCGUCGGACAGCGGCAUGAUCGAGCCGGUGGUCAACGCCGUGUCCAUCCACCAGGUGAAGAAGCAGAGCCAGCUGUCGCUGCUCGACUACUUCCUGCAGGACCACGGCAACUACACCACCGAGGCCUUCCUGACCGCCCAGCGCAACUUCGUCCGGAGCUGCGCCGGCUACUGCCUGGUCUGCUACCUGCUGCAGGUGAAGGACAGGCACAACGGGAACAUCCUGCUGGAUGCCGAGGGCCACAUCAUCCACAUCGACUUCGGCUUCAUCCUGUCCAGCUCCCCCCGCAACCUGGGCUUCGAGACCUCGGCUUUCAAACUCACCAGCGAGUUUGUGGAUGUAAUGGGUGGCCAGGAUGGAGACAUGUUUAACUACUACAAGAUGCUGAUGCUGCAGGGCCUGAUUGCUGCACGGAAGCACCAUGAGAAGGUGGUCCAGAUCGUGGAGAUCAUGCAGCAAGGCUCCCAGCUGCCCUGCUUCCACGGCUCCAGCACCAUCCGGAACCUGAAGGAGCGCUUCCACAUGAACCUGACCGAGGAGCAGCUGCAGGUUCUCGUGGAGCAGAUGGUGGACGGGUCCAUGCGCUCCAUCACCACCAAGCUGUACGAUGGCUUCCAGUACCUCACCAAUGGCAUCAUGUGAACAACGCGCGCACACACACGUGCACACGCACGGGCGUGCCGGUCAGAACUUGUGUACAAAGACUGAGGGAGGCUGGAGAAGCACACAACUUCGCACACGACUGCGCUUCUCCCGUUGCUGCCUUGUGUGUCUCAUCUCUACCUGUGGACCGAGAAAGUUGGGCUACCAAACCCUGGGUUUAUCCCCUAAUAGACAAAGGUCUGCGCAGUUCUUGUGCGUUUCCUCCCACUGUGUUGAUCCUGAGCCCCGCCUCCUCACAGUAACCCCUCCCAUGUUUUUGGGAUUUCAUUUUUUUCACCUCAAGGCUAAGGACUCCAUUUCUCAUACCCCUAUUUUUUAAUUGGCCUUUGAGCAACGUGUCCGUUGUCACGGACCACUGAGGUCUUCAGUUUUACUCUGACCCUCCCACUGCCCAUGUUCCCUUUCACCUGCGCAGCGCCCUGCCUCUGUUGAGUCUUUCUCAUGGUAUUUCUUCUUUGGGUAUAGGCCAUGCAGCAACCCUGCAGGUGUGAAAGGGUGGUCCACAUCAAUCCUAGGGAAGUUUAAAGGUGUCAAUCAAAGCGUCACUUCACUGCAGUGGAUCCGAGUCGAAACCAUGGUGAUAUGAGAAGACUGUGGGAAAUCGGGGUACAAGCCAUGUGGGGCCACAGGACCAUGUGGGGCCCAGCUUCUCCUUGUCCAGGGUCCAGUAUUCACAAGUGUGAUCAGAGGGGUGCAGAUGUAUCAGUGCAGGCUUCAUCCAGAGUCACUCUGCCCUGACAAUUCCAGUCCAAUUCGGUGUGAGUCUUUUUUUUCCCCCACUGAAUUCUGCAGUAUUGUUAAAGUGUUUCAGCAGCAGUGUUUCAGAGUCUUACUUUAAUUAGUAGGAACCGCUAGGUCUAAUGCUAUUCAUUGGUAACACAGUGGAGUAGGGCUUUGGGGGUUUGACAUGGGGAUGAGAAAGCGGGAACUAUUUAUUCUUUUCCCUUACAAAGCGCUACAGAAUAAAUAGAACACUUACAGGCAUCCUAUUGCAUAAUAGGUAUGAUGCAACUUACUGUUACAUUUCUCGUUAGUCCCCUUGCAAAGCCUCAUAAAAUAAUUAAAACACUUGCAGGCAUCCUAUUGCUUAAUAACUGUAAGUAUAAUUUAUAGUUUGUUGUAGAACUUUUAAAGGAAAUGUGUUUUUUAAGGUAUUGGAAGCACAAGAGUCAUCCCUAGAAUAAUCCCUAUAUCCCCUUUUAGAUAGACAUGUUAGUGGUCAGAUUUUUUUCUUUUCAGAUAAUGUACCACAUCAUUUUUUAUUUUUUAUUUUUUUUUGUGUUUCAGGUACGUUAACAUCUGCAUUAAUGUUCGCAUUCAUAGCAACUCCCUGUUUAUGAAGUGUAGAACUGCGAGAGUGAAAAUCUCCACUAAUUUCUAGGUUUCAGCCAAAGAUCAGUGCUCUCCGUGUUUGGUAGCUUAUGGACUGUGAAGGUUCCACCACUGCCUACCACCAGGCCUGGAUUCUAUAUCUACUGAGGCUUUGAGUUUUGCUCUGGUUUAGUGCUCCUACAUUUCCUCCUAGAAAUGCAUACAAUGUUGGAGAUGGUUUAAUGAAAACAGUGAUGAUUAAACACACAUACUCUAUAACAGGGGCCUUCAAGACCAAGAGGGACCUGGUUGCACUGUUGGGUGCUCUGAGCCACAUUAAAUUUCACUGAGAAACAAGCAGGUAGCUUGGUUCUCUGAAAGGAUAAUAAAAUAUGUUCCCCUUUUCUUGUGUACAUAACCCUGGAAGAGGCACGUUGUCUGUAAAAGCGAGUGGACAUGAAAACAAGUGAGGAGGUUGAUCACUUUAAGCUGAACUGUUGGAUGGGAAGGCCCAAGUGGGAACAUUGUGUAAGGCUGAAGUUCUUUACACUUGUAUGGUGACAGACUAGCACAGAUGUCCUUGCCCCCCCCCCCCAUAACCGAUCAGGCCUCACCCUUAAAUGUAUAAACCAACUCAUACAAAAAACACAUAUAAACAUAUUGGCGGCAACUUUAGCAAAUGCAGUCUUUUUGGCAAUUAAACCACUAACGAAGAACGGCAGUGAAGAUACUGGAGAACAAAUAAAGCAACUGUUGCAUCUGAUCAUUUGUGCCCUUGAUGCAAUGUAAAUUCCCCUUGAACUUCGGGGUGGGGGUGGGGGGGGGGGGCUAGCCAAGAAUGAAAAAAUCUGCAAAAAUCAAAUGUCCUCGAGCUGUACAGGUGUUGUUCUUACUUGUGUUCCUUUCAGUUUUUUACAUGUAUCCUCAGUCAGGAUUAAACUAUUUUCUCUUAAGUACUAUUUAAGUGUUUGUGAUGCAAGGUGAUGAGCAGGUUUCUGUUCUUCAAGAACACUGACUGAUUUCUGGUGGCUCGGUUGUUCAUUUGUUUCUAAUAUGAUGCCACACCACUGUUGUGGUUACCUGAAUUUGUUUCACAUUAAUAUUACACAUCCCAGCAGAGACUUGGAACAUUGAACAGGAUUGGGAGAGAGAAGCCAGUCAGCAGCAGGGCUUUCCUGUUCUUGAACUAAAAAAAAAAAAAAAAAACCCUCUGCCAGUUCCCAUUUCCUUUAAUUGCCAUAUAAUGGACCAGCUCCCUUGAUCAUGUGAAUGACCUCGCUUAACUCGUUUAUGUAUUUUUGUAUAAUAAAUGUACUUGUUUCACUAUA